AUGAACCCUGACUACUUACAAGAUUGUAAUAAUCACAAUGCUGAACAAGAUGAUGAGGAAGAGGAAGAGGAAGAGUCAUUGUUAGAUGAUCCAAGAGAACAAAGAAACAGAGAUAAUCGAAGGCAACAACGUUCUCCUCGUGCAAGACCUAAUCCAAGAAAUCGAAGACCUAAUCAACGAUCACGAUCUCGUCAACAACAACAACAACAAGCCAAUAGACAAAGAAGUCGUUCAGCCAGACGUGCACCAAGACAACAGCCUAAUAGAAGAAGAGAUCAACAAAGAUCACGUUCAAGACCAAAUUAUCGUCGACAAGAAAGUAAUAACAACAGUAACAAUUAUCAGAUGUUAAAUAAAACAUCUAAGUUAUCAAAAAGAAUGCCAGAAUCAAAUUCAUCACAAAAUCAUCGUCGAAGAAAUGUAUCGUUUUCAUAA